ACGAACUUGGGUUGGAAGUGAAUAAGAUGCGUUUAUGACUUGACUUUGACUGUGACCAUGACAAACCUGAGGCUUCCAGAUAUUUGAGGCCUUAAAACAACCCUCGGUUUUCCGGCUCCAACACUCACCCCACACUUGCACCUGCUGUCGCGAAGCUUCACGCGCGUGCCCGUACAGACCUUCCGCAACUUGAAUCGACCUCAACCUCAACGUCAACUUCAACUUCAACUUGCUCGCACCAAAAAUCCACACAACUACUUAGCAUCGCAGCAAUCGAAGUCAAGAUGGUAUCCGCAGAUGUGAGUCUUCUCUUCUUUGGUUGUUCAGCAAUGAUUUACUGUAUUGCGCUGAGUGUAUCAAUAAGCGCAUCAUAGAGACAGUACUGAUACUUUCCACAGAUCAAAAGAACCAUUAAACUGGUCACUGAACAGCAAACCAUGUAAGUCCUGUAUACUACCUCAGCUUCGACGCGCAUACUAAUUGAGUCCUCUACAGCGACAAGCCCUCCGGCAAUGAAGGGUUUCCUAUGAAGGAAUGGAGCAUCAACAUCUACCUACUUGAUGAAGCUGGGAAGGAGAAACCUGCAAGUUGCUUCACUAAAGCCGUCUAUAACCUCCAUCCAUCCUUCAAGAACCCAACUCAAAGUUCGUAUACUCCUUCCACGAUUGGUGCCAUAUCGCAAAGGGGCGGGUUUAGGAUGAGCAAUAGCUAAUGCGAAAUUGUGAAUAGCCUUCCAUUCACCCCCAUUCACCUGCAAAAACGAAGGAUGGGGUGAAUUCGACAUGACCAUCGAUCUCUACGUUAACGAGAAGAGCGGCAAGCACACCAUCCAACACGAUCUCAACUUCGCCAAAAACGUCUACGAAUCCAAGCAUCCGAUUACCUUCAAGAACCCCUCUAGCAGUCUGCUUCAAAUCCUGAAAGAAACGGGGCCCGUGCCUGGCGAGGAGAAUGGCAGAAAGAAGGACUCGGAUAAGAAGCGCAAGAGAACCACGGGGAAUGUAGAUGUGGAGAGAUUGGCGGAGCAGUUGAUUAAGCUUAAUGAGGAGGAACUCUUGCAGGUUGUUCAGAUGAUUCAUGACAAUAAGACGCCGGAGACUUAUACCAAGAAUGAUGUUGAGCGUGGGUUUUUUUCCUUCUCCCCGAGCCCAUUUAUCUAGUCCAUUUCACUUUUACAUUGCUCAAUUCAGGACUAACCUGGUGUUUCAAUACAGAGGGCGAGUUCCAUGUUGAUCUUUAUACACUUCCCGAUAAUCUUAUCAAGAUGCUUUGGGACUACACCAGCGGCCGGACCGCAAACCAUUGAUCGCUUAUGGAAUUGGUCAACGUUCGAUGAAGUUAGCUUACCCACCCACCACACACGUGCCCAGAAUAUCAUUCUCCCAGCAAUGAUAAGGUCAUCUACCAACCAACCAGCUUCCUUUUCUCAGCACCACAAAAAUUGUUAUUAUUUUCGGCGUUUCUCCUCUUCUCUUGCGAAUGGAUCUUACUUGCACAACCGGGAAGAAUUUGUCACAGUCUGGGUCUUUCGCAUCACGUUUGCAUGUGCAUUUGGGCUGGGCUGGACUGGGCUGGGUAAAGCCACAGAAUAUAUGUAUUUUCGUCUGCAAUUUUCACCGCGCCACUUGAGGGGAUCCCGACUUGUAGGUUGGGGAAUUUAUCCCAAUGAUAAAUGGGUGGGCGUCACUUUGGCUUUUGAUGAAUAUGGCAUGGAAUGGGAGGGAAAGGGGGCGCAUGCGCACCUUAUUGCCCUACUUAUUUGUAUUUAAGGGGCACGCACUGGGU